AUGCAAACACAUAUGCGCACACACACAACACACACACAUCUUUAUUGCUGCAGAAGUCACUUAGCCCGGCAGGAAGAAACGGCAUCUCUGACAGAGCUGAGGAACAUCCUUUGGACAAACAGGAAGCCGGUGGCACCCGUCAAUCAAGUCUGGCCAAACCUCUACAUUGGAGAUGAGUCUGUGGCACGUGAUAAAAUCACACUUUCAUCUCUGGGUAUAACUCACAUACUAAACGCUGCAGCAGGACGACACCGCAUUAACACAGGCCUGCAGUUCUACAAAGACCUCAAAGUGGAAUACCACGCUGUUGAAGCUGCAGACCACCCAGAGUUCAACCUCCAGCCUUUCUUCAGAUCAGCCGCACAGUUCAUUGACAGUGCGCUGAAGAAAAAUGGGAAAGUGUUUGUUCACUGUGCCAUGGGCAUCAGCCGCUCUGGAGCGCUGGUUUUGGCGUACCUGAUGAUCUGCCAGGCCCUGUCGUUAGUGGAGGCUAUCACUGCUGUGCGUUUGAAUCGAGACAUUGGACCCAACUCUGGUUUUUUGGAGCAGCUGAGGCAGCUGGAGCUGAGCCUCAAUACACAGAGCAGACAGAUCCCAGAGGAGGACUGUACCAACACAUCCUGA